AUGGCGAAACUCCUAAGCAUAAUGUUGGUCCUUGCCAUCGUAUCAGUAACCGUAUCUGCUGACGAAUGCGAGCAGGACCGAAUAGACAUGAAACGGGAGUGUCGGCGCUACCAUACAUGGCCAGCUGAGCCAAAACUCAUCCCAUCAGAGGCAUGUUGCGCCAUGUGGCAGAGGGCAAGCGUACCUUGCCUUUACAAAGAUGUCAACAAGGAUAAAAUGAAGGUAUUAUGCAUGGAGAAGGUUGUGUUUGUCGUCAAGUAUUGCAAGAUGUCAUUCACGCCUGGAUCCAAGUGUGGAAGUAAGUGA